AUGGUCUACCAGGAGCUCUGGCGCGAUGCCGGGAUGGGCCAGCACAUCAUACGCACUGAGGCCGGGUAUGCUCACACCCGCUGCUUGCUCCACCGACCCGGAGACCCGGAAGAGAAGCAAGAGGGUGGUGAGCCCUGGGAGUCAAUGUGGAUGGUACCGGAUGCCCGGGGAACGGUCCCUCUGUGGUACAAGCGGGAGAUGUCGACAUGGUGCGAUCACUGGAAGUGCGAGGAGGCCAGAGAAGAGAACGAGAUAUGGAAAGAUAUCGCGAAGGGGCGUCGUUGCGUCAAGGUCGACACCUGGACUGCUUUCCUGCCGAUGAUGUUAACGUGCAAGCGGAUGUAUCACGAAUGCGCGGCCUCGAUCUACAAAUCCCUCACAUUCACAAUAACCGACAUCGCCCUCGCCACAGACAUCAUCAGAGCUCGAAACCUCUUCGGGACACGGCACCGGAGCCCCGCCCAUCCCUUCCGCCGCAUCAACCUCUCCUUCCGGCGGCACAUCUACGAAGGCAGGACCUUUGAGCAAUGGGUCGAAUCCUGGAGCAAGAUCCUCCGCUUACUCGACACGCCAGACCUCAAGUCGGUGCACCUCUGGCUAGACAGCGACGUCUUCUACGAGCGGCAGUGGCUCUCCGUGACGUCCAACGUCCUCCGCCGGAUUCCGGAGGCGCUGACCCACAAAGCCGCCGUCAGCCUCCCGCCGGACGGGCACCGGGACCGGGUGGUGGGGGCCGCGUGGCUGAGCGAUCUGGAGCAGAUCCCGCUGGCUCCCUCGCGGGGCACCACACUCGCGGAGGAGGCGGAGGAGGAGGCGAAGUGUUUCGGGUGA